AUGCUUUUGCAGCAAUGGCCCCGAGUUAUGCCCUUAUCUACUCCCGCAUCGCCUUCAAGAACUUCUGCCCCCCUCCCACCCACUGGAAUGUCGGGAUCCCCCUUCACAUCUAGUGGUUGGCGUCCAAUUGUUUCCACUUCCGGCGAUGGGAAAUCAAGCAGCGAAAAACAAGUGCCUAAUGAUUUGCAAGUUAAUACAAACCUAGUUCGUCCGUUUCGAAAUCUUUCUCUGGAGCGCCCGACUUCAAAAGGGAAUCCUCAUUUGAAUUUUCAGCACAUUGGACACGAGCAAGCAGCAGCGAAAGGAAUGACACUCUCACGUCGCGAUGAUUCAACUGGAAGAAGAGUUGUCAGUGACUCUGAUGCCCGAGGGGGCCUGGACAACACACGCAUUGACGACAAAUUACUUUCGCUUUCACCUGCCCCAGCUGUUUUCCCCAGUAUAAAUGGUCCUUACACUCCGCCCUCCUCACACACAAACAUCCAUUCCCGUGACUCUCCAGUUCCCCAAGCCAUCGGGCUGCCAGUCGGUGGUCCAACCAAUACGGUGGAUCUAUCACAUGCAAUCUUGGCUGCGCCACUCGUGAAUAUGAUGCCCAGGGUAGGGUUUCCGCCUCCAGCUCAAGUCGAGAUGCCCCAGGCUCAUUUCCUCGGCCCAACCAUCGCUCCGCCACUGCUUCCAGAAGCAUAUGGGGUGUCUCAGAACGUAGCACCUCAGCACUCGCUCGGGCCGUCCAACCAUCUGAUGUUUAAUUCUAGUGGUCAUCCCAGUCUGGUAAAUCGUUACGGCCCACCUCAGGAGCCGAGUCCUUCGCGGGUCCCCCUAUUUUAUCCAGACUUUAAUUCUGCAACCAGCCCUCCAUUCUUUUAUCCCCCACCCCCUAAUGUGUUAUUUCAGACGCCGACUGUGCCGGUCCCCAACUUGCUGGGUACAGCAAUUGAGCGACAAGGGUCCGUAAAUAGGAAGCAAUCUUUCGUCCAGAACAUCUCUAAUAAUGCGUACCACAACAUUGUUCUUCCUUCCCCAACCCCGUUUUCUUCCUAUCUACCCCACCAAGGACGUGAUUCUUCCGUCCAACCACCAAUGCCUACAACCAAUGGGCAGUCCCAGACAGUUCUACAGUCGCAUAGACAUGGGGUGGUUGACUCUAGGCACAGACGUGCCUUCAGUGCCAAUGCCCAACUUGGCUCCGCCCGUGGACCGAGCAGCCAACUGCUAGAGGACUUUCGAGCAACCCGGUUCCGACCGUGGUCACUGAAGGACGUAAAGGGUCAUAUUGUGGAAUUCAGCAUGGACCAACAAGGCUCGCGCUUUAUUCAAACAGCUUUAGAUGCAUCCUCAGCUGAGGAACGGCGGGUGGUUUUUGACGAGAUACAUCCAAAACACACUCUAAAUCUUAUCACAGAUAUAUAUGGGAAUUAUGUUGUCCAGAAGUUCAUCGAAAGAGGGACGCCAACACAAAAAAAUUUGGUCGUCGGCGCAAUGGAAACCAAGAUCGCCAAACUCUCUACGCAGACCUAUGGAUGCCGUGUAGUUCAAAAGGCCAUUGAGUGUGUCGCGACUGAACAGCAGGAUCAAUUUAUUCGAGAGCUCAAUGGAUUCAUUAUUCCAAUAACGAAGGAUUCGCACGGGAAUCAUGUGAUCCAAAAAUUGAUUGAACGAGUCGAUCCUGAACGUUUCCCCUUCCUUGAGACUUUCAGGCUUCACGCAUUCGAACUCGCCAGUCAUCCCUAUGGGUGCCGAGUGCUCCAACGUUGCUUCGAGUUUCUCUCUUGCAUUUCACGCGCGCCUCUCUCAGAACAGCUCGUCAGGCACGCCCCUGAGCUGGCCACAGAUCAAUUUGGUAAUUACGUCAUUCAGUUUGUCCUAGAAACUGGCGAUCCAGGUGAACGUGCUGCCAUAAUUAGUCGCAUGAAGGGGCGAACUAUUGAGCUCUCAAAGCAUAAGUUUGCGUCGAAUGUUGUCGAGACAGCCUUACGGAAGGCCAGUUCUUCGGACCGACAGGAUAUCAUUGCAGAGAUCAUGACAGCUACUCCAGACGGAGACAGCCCGAUCACGGCCAUGGUGAGGGAUGCAUACGCGAAUUAUGUUUUGCAAACCGCUCUCAAGACGGCUGGGGACCGGCAAAAGAAAUUCCUAGUUGAGGCUGUUCGUUUCAGCCUCGUCGCUACCAGACGUUUCACAAACCAGUACAGCAAGAAUUUAACAGCCAUUGAGAACCUCAUAUCCAAUGAUCCACUGCCAUCGACCCCUCAGGCAUCUGCCUCCAAAGCCAAAGCCAAAGCUAAAGGCAAGGCCGUUAGGUUCUCCGAUCACAACACAUUCCGGCGUCAUUGA